GCUCAGCAGCGUCAUUAUCCCUGACGGAGCCACAAUGAAGCCCAUAGUGGUGAGUCUCCUGCUGGUGACGCUGGCUGGGGCUCUUGUUGCAGGAGCGCCUUAUCCAGAGCCAGACCUGCAUUUCUUCCUCCAGGACGAACCCGACGACGUUACCGAGGAAGAGUCUCAGGAAGAUUAUUACGUCCGCAAGAAGAGACAAUUUAAUGGCGGCUUCAAUGUUGCUCACACGCCUUUCGGAAAGAACUACAAUGCAAAUCUGGGAUACAACCACGUCUUCAACAAAGGCAGGACCUCUGUUGGGGGUACUGGCUUCAAAUCCUGGGGCGUCGGCGGCAAGUCGCAUGGCUUCGGAAUCAACUUCUCACACUCUUUCGGCUAGAAAAUAUUGCGACCAGCACCGCCAGACCAGAAGACAUGGAAUUUUUUUGUUACUCACUUUACCGACUAGUUUAAAAAUCAUUGUCAUUACGGUUUUUUUGAGAGAAAAUGAGCUAGCUUUUUUUUUUUUUUGUGAUUCUAUUACCAUUGAUUCUACCUUCUUAGCGCAUAGAAAAACAAAGUAUGCUUCUAUGUAAUGGAUGGAUACUAAGGCAUGACAGUAGAGUUUAUCUAUGGUCGCCUCCACGCCAGGCUGAGAGUUGUACCUAUCCUCCUCAUCCUCACGGGCGUGGAUGGAGGCACUUGCUCAUCUGAGAUUUCACGCGAAUAUCAGCAAUUGUUCAACAUGAUUCGGCUUUACAUGAAAUAGUUAAAAUCUUUGAUGUGUAGUCAAUAAAAGUGCUCUGAAUAUG